AUGGAAGAGAGUUUCACAAGUAAUCCAGAUAAUCCUGAAAAUUCACAUAACACUAAAGAAUUAUCUAAUAGCAGUCAAGCCUUCUUUAAUUUCAUAAAGAGUCUAGUGGGAAUAGCAAUUUUGGAUUUACCUUAUUCUGCAAAUGAAUGUGGUUAUGGUUUGGCUAGUAUAUUACUUUUGAUUUUAUCUUAUGGGACAAUAAGAACUAGUUUAAUGUUGAUAAAAGUGGCUGAAGAAUCAGAUAUUCAUUAUUAUUCUAAAAUUGUAAAGGAAUAUAUGGGACCAAUCUCAGCUUCAAUUUUAGAUAUAUUUUUAUCAGGUUAGUAAGUAUAUAUAUCAAAUGUUAUUUUAGUUGUUUGCUUGUAUUGCAUAUAUAAUAUUUUUUCAACAGAUGUGCUAAUUAGCACUUUCUAAUCUUCCAAAUUACGUUAGUAUAAUAAUAUCUUUGUUGGUGAUCAUUCCAUUGUCAUUAAUCAGAGAUUUACAUUUCUUCCAUAAUACUAGUACAGCUGGAUUUUUUAUUGCAGUUUUUGUAUUGGUAGCAAUUUCAGGAAUUUCAAUAUCUUAAUUUGGAAAUGCUUAGGAUGUUGUGGCAUUUAAUGCAUCAGGAAUGUUUAAGUUUAUAGGUGUUGCUAUGUUUGCAUAUGAAGGAAUAUGUACAACACUUCCUGUAAGAUAUUCAAUGAAAGAUUAAAAGAAGUUUCCGUUUGUAUUUUUAAGCAGUUCAUUAACAUGUUUAUUUAUGUACAUUACUUUCAUAAUAAUUAAUUGUAUAGCUUUGGGUUCAAAAUUACAAUAAAUUAUUGUUUUUAAUUUACCCAGUGAUAAAAUAUGGGCAUUUGCUUUGUAAUUUUUAUAUGCCAUAUCAAUUUUAUUCACAUAUCCAGUUUAAAUAUAUCCUGCAUUUACAAUAAUUGAAAAUAGAUUAAAAAUAAGAGACACUAAGAUUAUAUGGAUUGUUGAAAGACUUAUAGUUACAACCAUUUUAUAUGUGAUAGCAUAUGUCAUUCCAAGUUUUAAUACAUUUCUUAAUUUAAUCGGAAUGGUGUUUGGUACAUUCUUACAAUUUAUUUAUCCUAUAACUUUAUAUUUAUUAUAUUUCAGAUCCAAUCUGAGUAUUUUUUAAUGGAUUGAAGCUUCAAUUGUAAUGUUUAUGGGUGUAGGUGCUGGAGUUCUUGGUUUAUACUUUUCAAUAGAUGAUUUAGUAAAAUAAAAUAAAUGA